AUGUCAUCACCAACUAUGUUUAUCAUACUAACAAGUUUACUUGGGCCAUCAAUUGUUUGUACACUUUUUUUAUUCUAUCAAUUUCUUCAAUUACCACCCUUACGUCAUAAACCACGAAAUUAUCUUGUUAUUUGUUUACUUAUUAUGAAUUUUAUUCAGGAAAUUAUUGAAUUACCACCACGUUUAUAUUUUUUAUAUAAUGGAACAGUUAUAUUUCCCAAUACACAUUUUUGUGAUUUUUGGAAUUGGUGUCAAUAUACAUUGGUUUCUAUUAAUUUAUUAAUUAUGGCACUUACAUCAAUUGAUCGAUAUUUAUUAAUUUUUAAUCAUAUAUUUCUAUCACAACAUACUAUUCUUCUUCGUCAAAUACCUCUUCUCUUAUGUAUUUUAUUUCCAUCAAUAUUUUAUAUCAUCGGAAUAUAUGGUAUACCAUGUAAAAAUAUAUAUAAUUAUAAUACUAUUGGAUGUGGUUUACCUUGCUUUUUUUCUCUAUCAUCAUUUGCGGUUAUUUUUAAAAAUAUUAUUAUGAUUUGUUUACCAGUUAUGUUAACAAUAGCGAUGAGUUGUGUUCUAAUUACUCGAGUUUAUAUUCAACGAAAAAGUAUGAAAAGACGAAGAAAUUUUUGGAAAGAAAGUAUACAAAUGAUUAUUCAAUUAUUACCCAUUCUUAUACUUUAUUUAAGUAUAUGGAUACCAUUAAGUAUUUUAUUUUAUUUCUCAACAUUUGGUACAAAAAAAGAAAAAAAUAUUGUUAUGCCAUUAAUAAAUGAUUAUUUUGGAAAUUUAAAAUAUUUAGUCAAUUUAAUUUAUCCAUUUCUUGUUCUAUUUGGUCAAAUAGAACUUCGAACAAAAAUAAAAACAAUUCUUUCCAAUUGUUGUCGUUAUCGACGGCGAGCUAGGGCAGCAGUAGUACCUUUAACAAAUACUAUUGAACGACAUAUUCACCCAUAA